GACUUCGUCCCCUAAUUGGCUGUGCUGUACGGCCGGCUUCCCGCAGUACGGGAUAACCCGGAAGUGAUUCCUGAGGCCCGGGCCGCGUGGAUUCGCCUGGCGCGGGGUAUCCGUUUGCCGCGGCCGCUGCGAUGACCAAAAUAAAGACAGAUCCGGACGGGCCGGAGGCUCAGGCGGAGGCGUGCCUCGGGGAGCGCACUUACCACGAGCUGCUGGUGAAUCUGAACCCCAUCGCGCAGCCCCUGGCUUCUCGCCGUCUCACGCGGAAGCUCUACAAGUGCAUCAAGAAAGCCGUGAAGCAGAAGCAGAUUCGGCGCGGGGUGAAGGAGGUUCAGAAGUUUAUCAACAAAGGCGAGAAAGGGAUCAUGGUUUUGGCAGGAGACACGUUGCCCAUUGAGGUCUACUGCCAUCUCCCAGUUAUGUGUGAAGACCGGAACUUGCCCUACGUCUAUAUCCCCUCUAAGACGGCCUUCCUUCCCUUGUCCGCAGGACCUGGGUGCAGCCGCGGGCUCCAAGCGCCCCACCUGCGUGAUCAUGGUCAAGCCACACGAGGAGUACCAGGAGGCUUAUGACGAGUGCCUGGAGGAGGUGCAGGCCCUGCCCCCGCCCAUGUGAAGGACUCGGGCACCUGCUCUGGAAGCUGUGGGGCUGGCGGUGGGCCAGCUGGCUGGCCUCCUGCCGCCCAUGCUCACACAUCUCCCUGGGCCCCGCGGCCUGCCUUCUUCCCAGGCUGCUCCAUCAGCUCUUUCCGGAAGGCGGAGCCAGCAUCCAGCAUCUUCUGUUGCGCGCGUGUGCAGAUGGUCCGAGAAUGGAGCGUGGGGAAGUAAAUGCUAAGAC